AUGACGUCACCGAACCAGGACUGGAUCCCCGCUCAUCCGGUUGAACGCGCUAUCAUCCGAACCUACACGGAUGGCCUUUGGGGAGAACUAGAGUACUCUAGGUGGCCCCAGCCCAUGAUUCGAAACAUGUGGCACAUCGCGUGCAUCCCCAGCCCUCUUCGUCCGCCACCAGACAGCCCCCCCCAUUGGCGAGAGGAUCCCAGCGUGGGCGUCCCGGGCCUAGGUCUUCUGGAGCACGGACUUCGACAACAACUUCGCGAGGCCGCCUGUUUUGCGUUCACCAGGUACCAGUCCAUCGUCGGCGUUCCGCCUCACCGGCUAGCGUACGGUGACCAGCUCUGCGUCGUUAUUCGCCAGUGCGUCGAACGGAUGAACCGACUCCCUUCCUAUGCACCCGUCGCUGUUGCCGUGGGCGCGCAUAUCCAGCGCGUCGCUCUCGAGCUCAUGGGUCUCCACAUGUACCUUACGACGGUUCUGUUGCGCAUGGACUCUCCGAACGACUUCAGCCUUCAAGUGCUCCCGGUUCUGGGCGUGAUAGCCCGUGAUGCCGCCACCGCCCAGCUCGCGCAUCGCGUCGGCCUUCCCACAUGGUUCCUUCAGCCGCUCACGACGAGGAUCAAGGUCUGGGCCGUUGUCGAGGCCACGACCCCGUUCGCUCUGUCUCGGAAGGAGAGUUCACCCCCAAUGCGACAUCACCCUGAGGAGCUAGGCGCGGUCGCGAACCUGACGUCCAAUCUCGUGUUCGCAGUCACGGGACAACUGACGACAUGGGUGAUGCAGAUGAGGGCGAGACCGGGACGACGCGUGCGAGCAUCGACCACCGCGACCACCGCGCGGGCGUCAGCGGUGCGUGCGAACGGUGAUGCCGCCUCAGCGCGUGGCGCGCCAUCAAGUGUGGCGUUCGACGAUCGGGUUGUCUCACCGUCAACCAGCGCGGAGGUGGACGCGCGUUCGAAUAACCCGGCCCCUCCAGAACAUCGCCAUCCCGCCAGGGUGCACAACCGGUCCGUCUUCGUCGACAUACCGGAAGCCUGGUCCGUGGCGCUCCUCUCCCAAGGGCCUCUGCCCCAGCCGCGCACAUCAGUGGUCUAUUUCUACCCGCCGCCCUUCUUGCUGGACACCAAGGUUCAUCGGUACCUUCACAACGCAGUGCGCAUCCGCACGUUCUGCCGACUGCGUCUCCUGGACCUGUCCUUAUCCGGCGGACCGCUGACAAUCGCCGAAUGGCGUGCUGCGCUCUGGGGCGAUUACGCGUUUCACCCUGAUCCGUCGGUCCCGGCGGCCGCGCAGAAGCGUGUCAAACGCAAGGUCGACGAGAAGAACAGCGUAUCUCGGUUGUUCGGAAACGGGGCCGCCCUACCGUCCUAUUCUGCCGCGCAAGUCGUACGAUUGGAAGGCCUGUCCGUUUCGGCCGAGGACGCGGCCAUAAACCCGACCGUCCGCGCGCGGCUUCUGUGGGAGGCCCACGAGAUCAACUUUCGGUGCGAGCUGAUGGCACUCGACGCUGUACUCGUGCCGAGGAGCGGUUGGAGCGUCAUGCAGCGUUGGGGGCGAGAGAUGCUGGUCUCUGGGGUGUGGGGAAAGGAGUCGAGCAUCGCUACUGUCAUCCCCUUGCCGUCCGAUGACGUGUUCGCCUGGCCCUCUGUGCCGCAAGAGGACUGGCGCUCUGCGGAGCCCUACCUUCGUCGGUUCAUGGCAGUCGCGUCAGCAUGGCCGGGAUGUCCAGAUCACCUCAAGUCUGGACGCCUUCAGGAGGACUGGACGGUGGACAUGUUUGAGACAUUCCAGGUGGACGCUGUCGCGUUCUAUGUUUCCCAAUUUACGCGUCGUUUUGGAAGGCUCCCGAUCCCUCCUGUACGUAGGCCACUCCACGCGCUGUAG